UAUUUCAACCAAAAAAGGCUUUCAGCACAAAUAGGAGAAUAUCGCUCCAAAAAUACUCUCGUCUCAGUUCCUUCUCUAUAAAAAUCGACCCCUCAUUUGCACCAAAAAAUAUCGACCCCUCAUAGCCCUAUUCCUCACUUUUUGACCUCGACCUCCUUCAAUUCAAUGGCGCCCACAGAAGCUAAGACGAUCGUCCUGAAGUGCUCGGAUGAGGUGACGUUCGAGGUGGAGGAAGCCGUCGCCGCCAUGUCACCGAAGAUCAAGCAGAUGAUCGACAACGGCGGCGCCGCAAACGCCAUUCCAAUCCCGUUCUCGUCGGAGGUGCUGCCGAAGGUGAUCGAGUACUGCAGGAAGCACGCCGGCGAGGAAUCCGAGGAGAAUCUGAAGGAAUUCGACGCCGAGUUCGUAAAGCUCGACAUGGACGAGUUGCUUGAUCUGUCCACGAUUGCAAAUUACCUGAAAAUCAAAGGGUUGCUCGACAUCACGUGCCAGACUGUGGCGGACAUGAUAAAGGGCAUGUCGGUUGAGGAACUUCGUAAGCUUACGAGAAUUCGUGAUGCCUUAGCCCAUGAGGAGGAGAAAGAAAUUCGCAGGCAAGCUAUGAGGGAUGCUUUGGAGUGAUGACAAAUGGCCGAGAGGAUGCUCGAACGAUUAAUGUUUCUGCUAUAUGUCUAGUAGACUUAGGGUUCCCUUGGGGCAAGUGUUGAAAGUUUGAAAUAUUUGGUUUUCUUUUAUGCUUGGAAACAUUUAUUUCCCUUUAGUUCUUUCUGAUCUCACCAAAUCCAGACCCCCUUUGGAUGAUUUAUGCUAAUUCUAAGUUUCUGAAGCCCACUUUUGAUUUUUUUCAUGUUUUAGUUUGAGAUGCUUGGUUGUGUGUUGUGUUUGGUUUUGUGCUCAUGGGUUUUGGGGGCUUUUGUUGCUGAGAAUUUCACUAUUCUUGUCUGCUUGAUGGGAAUUGGGAAGUCAAAUAAUAUGCCAAUGUUGUUGGUGUUAUUUGCUUAGCCCAUGAAUUUUGAGCCCGCACGUUGGUUCCGUAUCUAGCUCACAUUCGGC